UAAAGUUUCUAUUGUAUAGUAUAGUAAUUAUUAAUAAUUAAUAAUUAAUAAUAAUAACCAUUACAACCAUGUCCAUUAUUCAUCUAUUUCUCUCUUGACUCGCCUUCAUUUCCUCAUCCACACACAGCUACCAAAUUGCAAAAUCCCUCUCUAACUGAAUCACCCUUAUAUACAUCAUAGUCCAUAGAUUACAGAUAUGCCCGAAGAAAAAGAAGAAUCUACGUCUAUUCCGCUCAGCCACGCCGAAAAUGGCGGCGAAGAACCCGAGGAUCCCGCCAAAUCUCCUCCUUCCUCCUCCAAUUCCUCCACUCGCGAGGCUUGCUGUUUUGUUCUCCAAAGUUGGGUCUCAAAGAAGUUCAUGACUGGAUGUGUCGUUCUUUUCCCCAUAGCUGUGACAUUCUUUAUUACAUGGUGGCUUAUUCAGUUUGUUGAUGGUUUCUUCAGUCCAAUUUAUGAACGGCUUGGCAUUGACAUAUUUGGACUUGGAUUUGUCACAUCUCUGGUGUUUGUAUUCUUUGUCGGUGUAUUUGUUUCGUCAUGGAUAGGGUCCAAUGUUUUCUGGCUUGGCGAAUGGUUCAUCAAGCGAAUGCCCUUUGUUAGGCACUUAUAUUCGGCAUCCAAGCAAAUUAGUGCUGCUAUUUCUCCAGCUCAGAACACUACAGCAUUCAAAGAGGUUGCAAUUAUCCGUCAUCCUCGUAUUGGUGAAUAUGCAUUUGGUUUCAUCACAUCAACUGUCAUCCUUCAGAGAGAUAACGAAGAUGAAGAAUUAUGCAGUGUUUUUGUCCCAACAAACCAUCUGUACAUUGGUGAUAUAUUCCUUGUGAACUCUAAAGACAUUAUAAGACCCAAUUUGUCGAUCCGAGAAGGCAUAGAGAUCAUAGUCUCUGUAGGUAUGACAAUGCCGCAAGUAAUUAUGCCUGUGGAAAGGGUUGCAAGACAAAGUGAAAGAAUUCCUUUGAACAGGAUUGUAUAAUUGUGACAGUUAUACCAGGCAAGUAACCCUAUUGUUCUGUGCUAAUAGUUUGUUCGUCGUCUAUAAACGCCUUAUAGCAGAGGAAAGUAUUGUAUUCCCAAUGCGUCUUGUAAUUAUUAUUUUUUUUUUUUUUCCUUUUCCCUUGGAGGCUAGACAACAAAAUCUUGAGCAUCUUUGUUUACCGUUAUAUGCACUUAUGUUUGGAAACAAAUGAAAUAUCAAAUCCGUUUUAUUUGCAUAAA